UUCCAACCCUUCAUAAACCUAUGACAGCCACCCCCUCAAGAUCAUCACGACCCAAACGGCGUCGUGCCUCGCCACAAAACACCCCCGCCAGCACCCGUCGCAAGCGGGCUCGUGGCCCGGUAGACAACCAAACCACCACAGAGCCCAACGAGAACAGCAGCACCACCAACGCCAAUGAUAACGACCUCUCAGCCCAACAAAACGAAAUACAACCAGACAUCCCACAGCCACCAUCCGGCGGUGGUCUCGUAGAGCCCAUAUCCGCGAUCCUAGCGCGCUACAAAGCAUGGCGAAAAGCAGGCGCCCCACAUGAUCUGCGCUGCUUCGAAUGCCACCAGGAAACAGGGCUCCUGGAGGCAUGCGAGACCUGUCGCCGAGUCUACCAUGAGGCGUGCAAGCCGGCGGAAGGCUGCUUUGCGUCAUCGCCGCAGCAGCAGCAGGAAGAAGCCCUGCCUCCCCGUCAAUGGUAUUGUCCUGUUUGCGUGCAUCUCGGAUGGCACGUCACGCCGCCUGUCCUGACGCCUCCGCAAUCGCCUGUGUUAACGCCGGCGCUUGAGUCGGGCAUCCCAGGGCGAGAGGGUAGUAUACAUGCGGAUACUAUGCAAGAUGCUAGCAGUGCUCGGCAAAGUAAUAGCGGAAGCCGAGAGGUCGAGGCAUCCGUGGAAAAGGAAAAGGAAAAGGAAAAGGAAAAGCAUACGGACGCUUCGCGGCGCAGAUCGCGGUUCGACACGCUCUCGCCGCAGGUCGAGUCUGCAUUGUGGGUUCUUUACCGCGAGCUAGAGAGCGUUCCUCUGUCGCAGCGGCGGAUCGCUAAUUUGGAGAAUGAAAUGGCGCAGCUGAGGCAGGAGGUGAGAAUUCAGAAGAACGAGAUUGAGUUGGGUCGCGCGAGUGGCUCCCAGGUGCGUUCCUUGCAGGAGGAAGUGCGAAGGUUGAAGGCGGAGUUGGAGGGUCGACAGACUUCUGUGGAGGAGCUUGAAGCUCUGAAGACGCGGAAUAGAGAGCUAGAGGGGGAUGUGGAGCGUUCGCGAGACGAAGUGGCUGAAAGUGCCAGGACCCUGGCGGAGUGGAAGAAGAAGUUGUCGAGUUUGAUCGGAGACUCCUGAUUCGUUUCGCUGGUUGCGUGUCCUGAUCAUCCCUAUAUGAAGAUGGCCAUUGCCUUGCUGUAUAUGAG